AUGGCCCAACAAAUCUCGCUUCAUAACCCUAACUCGGUACUAAGACUACAACGCGUAACACACUCCACGGAUAAACUUACCAACGAGCAGUUCAAGGCCGCUGCCAAUCUCACAAUGGCAUUUCAUCUCCAGGGCCAAACGGCUAUCCAUAUCCCACUCGAUCUCCAGGGCCAGAACAAUUUUCUUGGUCCAAUUCGUCUACCAUGGGUCAUCCAGGAUACAGCCACCCGAAUGACUACGACCGACGACAAUGUUCACAAAGUACGAUUGUUUGCGCAAAGCAUGGUCGGAGGCCCCGUGACUUUUGAUCCAUGGGCACAGAUUACUUACAAUGGUACAACUGGAAAACUGUGGGAGUUCCUGUCGGCUUUAGCUAUGCUUGGGUGGGACCAUUUUUGGGUGAUCGACAGAGUUGUGUUUUGGUUUGAGGAGGUUCACACUUAA